UUGAAUAAUCGGCGCCGAGCAUUUUAAAAAUGACUGUCAUCCCCGCGAAGUGACGAAUAACAUACUCUCUACGUAAUCCUUGUUCACCAAAUUCGUAAUCUUAUCUUGGUCAAGAAACAUGGCCAUCAAAAAACAACAAAAAAACAUCCAUCAAAACAGAGGCCAAGGUUACAACUAAGUGUCCAACAGUCGUUGGAUCAUAAUAAAAUUGUCUUGGCAUGUCCUUCAAGACAUUUGUAACCAUACCCAAACCAUUGAUCCACCAUCCAACCAUCCAUCCAUCCAUCCAUCUUCUGCUUAUCCAAGGUUGAGUCGCAGGGGCAGCAGCCCAAGCAGGGAAGCUCAGACUUCCCUCCCCCCAGCUCCUCCCAGUGGAUCCCUCAGUGUUCCCAGGCCAGUUGAGUGUCAUAGUUCCUCCAACGUGUCCAGGGUCUUCCUGGUCGGAUAUGCCCUGAACACCUCCCCAGGGAGGCACCCGGGAUGUACCUUGACCAGAUGUCCGAUCCACCUCUGCGGAGGAGCAGCGCUUCUACUCUGAGUUUCUCGUGAAUGACAGUGCUUCUCACCUUAUCUCUAAAGGAGAGCCUUGCCACGUUACGGAGAAAACACAUUUCGGCCGCUUGUACCUAAUACCUUGUCCUUUCGGUCACUACCCGAAGCUCAUAACCGAUGUUGAGGGAGGGAAUGUAGAUCCAAAACUAAAUUGGGAGGUUUGCAAAUACCCAAACACUUUUUCUAAGGUCAUUCGUUGAUCAACUUCGCGGGGACGACACACGGUCGUCUAGCUUGUUCCAUCCAAGAUGAUACUGCUUAGUUUCAACCCUUGUAUAUAUUUCUCUCCCCUCUCUGUAGCGGACGAGCCCGAUUUGUCCAGGCUAGUUGUUUCUAACGUUACCUCAGACAGAGUGUCUCUGUCGUGGCGGGCGAGCGACAAGGCGUUUGAUAACUUUGUAGUAGAAGUCAGAGAGUCUGCUUUGCCCUCGCAGGCGAUGGGCCAGACACUGCCGGGCCAAGUGCGCUCCACGGUCAUGGCCGGCCUUAAAGCCAGUACACGCUACGACAUAAAGCUGUACGCCAGCGCCGGCGGCCGCAACACACUUCCAUUGUUUGCCGUCGCUACAACAGAGGACGCCCCCCUUUUGGGGCCCGUAGCCGCUUCAUCUCCAAGUCCGCAUAACCUCACCUUGACGUGGAGCACUGUGUCAGGCCACUUUGAUGGCUUUGUUGUCCGGGUCAGUGACUCAGAGCAGCAGUCUGAGCCGCAAGAGUUCAGUCUGCCCGGCGACACCAGAAAACUUAUCGUCUCAAACCUGAUGGACGCCACGAGCUAUAACGUUGAACUGUACGGUCUUUCUCAUGGGCGCCGCACCCCCUCGGUGGUAGCCCAUGUCGCCACAGGUAUACCUCACUCAAGUCCUCUUGCUGUUUUACCUGACACGUGCAUGACUUUUGACGUGCAUGAAACUAGCGUUGAGAUUGUUUCCAGUAGCAUUCAGGAAGACUCAGGAAGUAGACUUAGCCCAGAGCAGGCUAAUCCAAGUUGAGGACUUAUAGGAUAUUGGAAAUCCAGUUCGAAGACAAUUUGCUGAUUUGCUUUUGCAACCCUUGCACACAUGCUAACCACCACCACUAUCCAGCUCCUUUACCCAAAGUGGAAAACCUGACUGUUUCCAACGUGACACCCUUCGGUUUCCGUGUGUCAUGGGGGGUGAAGCAGCGGCAGGCCCGGGAGGAACCAACGCCCUCCGGUGGCCGUUUCAGUCACUUUAACCUAGUGGUGACCGACUCGGGCUGGCUGCUGGCGCCCCAGGAGUUCACGGUGCCAGGGAACCAGAGUCACCUGGACAUCUGGGGGCUCAUCACUGGUAUAGGCUAUGAGGUCAGGCUGACGGGCGUGUCAGAGGCGGGGCUCCGCUCUCGGCCCCUCACCACUGUAGCUGUCACAGGUACCCAACCGCGGGGGACUCCACCCCUUCAUCCUGAUGCGAGUACUGUGCAAUGAUGCGACUCUGAAGCUUCAACGUCACAACCUGGCAGGCGUCGACGCCACAACACAUUUUUGUAAUUUUCUCAAAAUAGAAGUUCUGCCAUGUUCUGCGGCUGAGGUUUCAGCACAGUAUCGCGUCCCAUAACCGCAUUUAUGACUCGUAUGAAUCUUUUCCAGAAUCCUCUCAAGCACUUUUCCCGUUUCCUUUUUAUCCGUCGAGCUAUGAUCUUGGGAGCAAGCAAUGACGCAGCACUCCCAUCUGUUUCUGAAAUAUGAGCUUGUUGGUUUGUGUUCAUAUUUGACUACGUGUUUUCCCUCCGAUGCUUAUUUUCAGACUUACGUGGUUGGUGGAUUGUCGAUUGCUUCCACAGUUUAGUAACGCAAACCUGUCAGAGGAAGGAAAACACAGGUGUCAGUUAACUUCUGUUUGCCUCGAAUGCACUGGAAGCGUCAUGGCUAGCAGGAGGACGCAUGGCCUCCCGGCGUAUCGGCCGCAGUCUUGAUCGGAACGACCCUAACUGACAACAACUGAACGUCUAUGAAAAGUCUUUCAAUUCCCUCCGUGUCCUGUCUGUCGUGGCUCUGACUGACUUGCACUAACCGACGUGAGCAUCUUGGUCGAGGAAUGCCGCCUGGAAGGAUCGUCCUAACUCGUCUUGCUUGAAUUCUUUUGGUCAGAAAUCGAUGACUGAAACCAACAACCGUCUGCAACAUUGUUUCCCCUGUGGCCAGAGGCGGAACCCGAGGUAGAGCAUCUCUUUGUUUCCGACAUCAACGCCGACAGUUUCCGCGUGUCGUGGGCGGUGGAUGAAGACCUCUUU